GAGACAGGGAGGGAGGGAAAGAAAGAGAGAGAGAGAGAGAGAGAGAGAGAGAGAGAGAGACUUCUUGAUUUACAAUCAGUUGUUCAGUGAUCUUUGGGUCAGUCACAUUCUCUCAGCCCACCCCACAGGGUUGUUGUUGUGGGGAAAAGAGAUGGAAGCGUAUCAGACAAGUUCGCCAAAAUAAUAAAGGCAGGAUAUAAAUACAUAAAUAAAGUUAAGAAGAGGCUAAGAAGGUGAAAACAGAGAGAAGAAAGACUGGAGAAAAAGUAGCAAUAUCCAUCUUUUUUCGGUGCAGCAAAAAACACAAAGAUUUACAGAUUACUUGGGAGUUGCUGCUCCUGCCUUUUCUCCGCCCCCCUUUGUUUCCGUCUCCCGCGGCCGGCCAGGCGAGGAUGCUGCCGGCCUGAAGCAGCAGCAGCAGCGCCCGGACCAUGGCUGGGGUUGGGGCUGGGGCAGCUGCAGGGAUGGACGCGGAAUCCCUGGCUGGGGAUGAGUGUCUGGAAGAAGAUGAGGAAGAGCUGGAGACCAGCUUGGAAGACCCCGAGCAGGACAGCGUGGGGAAAACCAUGCCAGGCGGACGCAGCUGUGGCCUCCUGACCCGCCGAGGGAUCACGCUGCGAGUUCUUCUCAAAGACGGGCUGAUCGAACCCGGGGAAGGAGUCCUCUCUAUUUACUAUCUGGGGAAGAAAUUUUGGGGCGACCUGCUGACCGAUGGGAAGAUCGCUUGGCAACAAACCGGGCAGAUCUUUAACUCCCCCAGCGCCUGGGCCACCUACUGUAAGAAGUUGGUCAACCCUGCCAAGAAAUCCGGUUGCGGUUGGGCCUCGGUCAAGUACAAGGGCCAGAAGCUGGACCAAUACAAGGCCAUUUGGUUGAAGAAGCACCAACCCAACGCUCCCCCUGCGGAGGAGAGUCUGGUCAGUGAAGGGGAGGAAGAGGAUCUGGGUGACGAGGAGGAAGAUGAGGCCAAAGGGAUGAAGGCCGCCUUGGCUGACUCCUUGCUGGCCAAGAAGAUGGACGACAAAAGCAGGAAGUUGUCGGCGAAAAACCUGGCUGAAUUGCACAGUGCAGAUCACAGCAAAAGACUGGAUUGCCGGAAUCGAGUCCCUGUCCGCUAUUGUAAUCUGGGCAGUCGGGAUUCUGUCAGGAACCCACACACUUUGGUGGAGGUGACGACCUUUGCAGCCCUCAACAAAUUCCAGCCUUUUAACGUGGCCAUCUCAAGCAACGUUCUCUUGCUCGUGGAUUUCCACAGUCACUUAACCAAAAGCGAAGUGGUGGGCUACCUGGCCGGCCAGUGGAAUAUCAACAGCCAAUUGCUGACGGUGCUGCGGGCGUUCCCUUGCCGGUCGCGACUUGGAGACGGGGAACUGGCAUCCAUCGUAGAAGAAGAGAUCUGCCAAAACCUCUUCCUGAGGGGCCUGUCGCUGGUGGGCUGGUACCACAGCCACCCGUUCAGCCACCCGCUGCCCUCUUUGCAAGACAUCGACAUGCAGAUGGAUUACCAGCUGAAGCUCCAGGGAACCAGCAACAGCUUCCAGCCGUGCUUGGCGCUCAUUUGCGGUCCUUACUACCAUGGCAAUCAAGGUGUAGAGUCCAAGAUCUCCCCCUUCUGGGUUAUGCCACCUCCGGAGCAACGACCUUAUGACUACGGCAUUCCCAUGGAGGUUGAAGUCACCUACAUCCAGGAUGGAUUUUUAACGAACGACAUUCUCCACGAAAUGAUGCUGCUGGUGGAAUUUUACAAAGGGGCACCUGACAUGGUGAAGUUCCAGGAUGCAUGGAGUCAGGAACAGACCUACCUGGAUAAACUCAAGGGCUCCUUGGCGUCUAGGACACCCAAGGAUCAAGGUUUCGGAAAUAUCCUGGAACAAGUCUACGCUGCCCUCCAACACAGCAGCUGACGAAGCAGCUCUUCGAAGGGUCCCCGGGACUCAGGCCGAGGUCACAAACCUGCAUUCGAGGCAGGAUUUGAAUCCAGAAGCGCAAGCCCGACAUGCAUCGGGGAAGGAAACAGGACGGGGUCGAAGUGGAUCCUUUUUAAUGGUUUUGAACUCAGCCGUUUCGCUGGGAAAGCGACAUAAAAGUAUCCCCGGAUGUGUUAGGAAGUAGAUCAGUGCGCCCGUUUUACAGAUAGGCAAGUCGAGAGCUUCAAUAACGUAAUUUGGGAGGGAUCGUCCAGAGAUUUAGUUUGCCAAUAGCACCAUUAGGAACUUGUGUUUUCUACAACGUAAGCAGAGAUGUAGCUCCCCCCUUAUCAGCUUUGCCUGGAAAUGUUGGGUUGGCCAGGAAAAUAUACCGGUUAUGUGAUGUAUUUUGAGCAAAUGGGCAGAGUUACCCUGUAGCAAAACGGAUGGCUGAUCAGUUUAAUAAAUAAAUAAAUAAAUAAUCUGAAAUAGGACAGACUGGGGAAGCAAGGGAGGCGGCUACCAAAAUCCUCUUAGAAUGGGACAGGGAAGAAAAUUAAAAUAGGUUCGGAAUCCCAUUCUUAAAGAAAAAUAUAUCUAUAUUGGUACCCAAGUUUGUCAUCCGGCUUGACUGAAGGAAGAAGCAGAGAUGCUGGGUUGGAGAAUUAUUUUCUUUUUUCCCCCCUUUUCUCUUUUUAAGCUUUUUCUCCCAAAAGUGAGGUUGCGGAAGGAAGCCCUUUGUAAACCCAGAAACACUGAACUCUUAAAAGAUGGGAGAACUUCGGUGUUGGCCAAGAUUGGGAAGAUGUUUAAAGUUUAAUAACAUUUGUAUGCCGUAGGACUCCGGGGGGGAUUACAAAUGGUCAACCCGCCGAAGAGAACCAGUCCUUAAAAAGGCCUUCGCUCAGGUGUAAACCAUGAUGAUGUCCUGAAAUAUAAAACGUCAAGUUGAUCGGCCAACAGAACAUUUGCGUCUCAGGGUUGAACUGUGGGGGUCCUUGGUGCUCUCCGAGCUUGGUUGUCGUCUUGCAGGCGUUUCACGACCCAGCUAGGUAACAUCAUCAGUGCUAGAAGGGAGUGAGAUUUGAGGAGGAGGACUGAGCUUGGCUGCUUUUUUUUUUUGCAGACCUUUCAUUACCCAACUAGGUAACAUCAUCAGGGCCAGAGGUGGUAUAUGCUGCGGGCUCGCACCAGUUUGGGCUAACAGGUAGUGGCGGCGGGGCGAGGCUCCGCCCACCCACCCAGAUGUCAUCAAUGCACGUCUGCGCAUGCGCAGAAGGGGCGGGGUGCGCAUUCCUGCUACUGAACUGGUAGUGAAGAAGAAUACCAUUACUGAUCAGGGCUAGAAGAGAGAGGGCAUUGUGGAGUGGAGGAAGAAGAGAAUUAUUUUGCUCUCUGUGCUUAGUUUUUUUCCCUUGAAGACAUUUCAUGACCCUACUAGGUAACAUCCAUGCCAGAAGGGAAUGUGGGCUUUGCUGUCUGUUUACCUACUAAUGCUGCCAAGUCGAACAAGCAAACAAUUAACGACAGCCUGCUCAAGCAGCUAUAGAACAAAUAAAUAAACUAAAUCUUAAAUCUUAAAUCUUAAACAAUACCAGCACAAGCCACUGGUAUAUAAUAGCAGCAAUAGCAGUAGACUUAUAUACCGCUUCAUAGGGCUUUCAGGCCUCUCU